GAACCGCAGGGUGGCGCUGGUGCUCCUAAAGCGCUGCUGACCAAUCAGAAACAGAGGAAGAAGCUCCCUGGUCCAGUGUUGCAGUCUCCAGCCGUACACUGAGCAGGGAAACAAUGGCACUCAGGGCUGCAGUGAGGAACAAGUGCGGCUUAACAGCUCUUCUUUCACAGCGGUCCUCCUGCAGCAGUCAUGGCAGAGUGUGUAUGUCUCCUGUCCUCAUCACUCAGCAGAGGAACAACUCUACCUCAUCUAAGAUCAAAGUGGAUUUUGACCAGAGCACCGGCGUGGCGGUGAUGCGGAUGCAGAGCCCACCAGUCAACAGCCUCAGUUUAGAUUUCCUCACGGAGUUCUGCAUCGCAACAGAGAAGUUGGAGCUGGAUAAGAGCUGCCGAGGCCUCAUCAUCACCUCGAGCCAGCCCAGGGUGUUCUCAGCCGGGCUGGACAUCAUGGAGAUGUACCAGAAGAGUCCAGAGAGGUGUGCAGAGUUCUGGAGGGCUGUUCAGGAGAUGUGGCUGAAGCUCUACGGCUCCAACAUGGUCGUUAUAGCUGCAAUCAACGGUUCCAGUCCCGCAGGUGGAUGUCUGAUGUCCCUCACGUGUGACUACAGGAUAAUGGCGGACAACCCUCGUUACAGCAUCGGCCUUAAUGAGACACAGCUCGGCAUUGUAGCACCUUUUUGGUUUAAGGACACUAUGACAAACACAGUGGGCCACCGGAACACAGAGAUGGCUCUGGAGCUGGGGCUGCUCUACAGUCCUUCAGAGGCCUUGAAGAUAGGAUUGGUGGACCAACUGGUACCUGAGGACCAGGUCCUCACCACAGCCGAACAGACAAUGACCAAGUGGUUGGCUAUUCCAGCCCACGCCAGACAGAUCACCAAGUCCAUGAUGAGGAAGCCAACUAUCGACAAGCUGACGUCCAACAGGGAGGCUGACAUCAAAAACUUUGUCACGUUUAUCACCAAAGACUCCAUUCAGAAGUCGAUCGGCAUGUAUCUGGAGAUGCUUAAAAAGAGAAAGGGCUAGAGGAGAGCGGGAAACAUAUGAAAUGACCCACACAUACACAUAAAUACAUACAUGCAUACACAGGGAUUUUGGGCAAGAAAACACAUCAGCCUUCAGUGUCUUGGUUUCAUUUGUGUCAGUUGUGUUAAGAUCCUUUAUUACACCUUUUUGUAGCCUUCAUUGCCAAUGUUCACCUAGUGCAGAAUAAGGUAUAUGAUUACAUAAAUUGACCGUACAAAUCUUCUAAUCCCCACACCCAUGUCAGGCUUCCUUUCUCACACAGAAAAUAUGCAGUUGCAGUCAAAUAGUCAUUAAAGGAACAGUUAACCCAAAAACCAUCAUUCCAGAAAUGUUUUGCGGAUUACAAAAAAACUGUAGUCAACAGCAAGCAGGUUAGCUUGCAAUUAACUACAGUUUACAGUUUUUUGUAUUUAUUCUAAAAGCUAAAGAGAGACACCGCCCUUCACCCUUUUUCUUUUUUUGUGAGUCUCAGUCUCACUACAGCCCCUUGUACACUCCUUCUACAUGUGGACAGAUCCAAAGCUUGACAGACCUGCUGCACACACUUACCGGUUGCUUUUUGGGGGAGGUGUUUAUUGAACUGUCAACUAACAUCACAGGCAGGAGUCCACUAUUUCAAGUGCCUAGCUGGCCUUAGCCUUACUGUAAGCUUGGGAGCAUUUGAAGCCUUUGUCAUCUCUAACAGAUUUAUAUACAGUCAAAAUUUCUAACUACUUUUUAGCCAGAAUGUCUGAAACAGUGAGUGUAUUACAUGUGGUCAGUGGAUUUAUUUGUUGUCAUUUAAGAAUAAAUUUCAGCAAUCAAAAUAUCA